AUGGAGGCUGAAGGCUCUGCUCCAGCUGCUCCAGCCGUUCCCUUUGCCGGCCCGCCGCUGCACCUGCCGGCAAGCCGCUGCACCCGACGGCCCGCCGCUUCACCUGACGGCCCCGCCGCUGCACCUGCUGGCCCGCCGCUGCACCCUACGGCCCCGCCGUUCCCUCUGACGGCCCCGCCGUCCUCUCUUCCGGCCCGCCGCUGCACCUGCCGGCCCGCCGCUGCGCUUGACGGCCCCGCCGCUGCAUCUCCCGGCCCCGCAGCCCCAGCAGCCGAGCCGCCCCAGCAGCCGAGCCGCCCCAGCAGCCGAGCCGCCCCAGCAGCCGAGCCGCCCCAGCAGCCGAGCCGCCCCAGGAGCCGAGCCGCCCCAGCAGCCGAGCCGCCCCAACAGCCGAGCCGCCCCAGCUGCCGUGCCGCCCGAGCCGCCCAAGCCACCGAGUCGCCCGAGCCACUCAGCAGUCGGGCCGCCGAGCCGCCCGAGCCGCCCGAGCCCUCCCUGCACUGCCCUGUCUGUGUCCUCGCCUUUGACGCUGAGGGCAGAGCCAUCGACUUUGACGUGUGGGUAGACGACCUACUGCUUUUCCUACAGUGCGACAGAGCUGACGGACUCUCUCUCUCUUUGAUCUCACUUCUGGUGCCUCUCCCGCCCUUGCUGCUACUGAGGAUGCCACUGUUCGCUCACAGUGGGCCACACGCGAUGCUGCUGCACGUCUUGCUGUGCGUCGCCACCUCCCUCCCGCUGAGCUACUUCACUCUCUACUACAUUGUCACCCGCCUCCCUGACUCCCUUCGCGGAGUCAGGGAUGACCUACUUGCAGUCUGCCCCACCACUCUCACUGUCGAGAUCCUCGAGAAGUCCCUCCUAGCAGCCGAGAAGAGCAUUCUCGCUGUAGGGGCCUCUCGGGGUGACCCGCGCACCCCCAUCUUUGAGGGGUGUUCCCCCUCCCCCCUCCUGCCCUCUGUCGCCUCUGCUGCUACGGCCGACCUUGUUGGUUUUGAGUCGGUCGGUGCGGCGUCUGCCCCCAGCGGGAGACGUCGCUCUGGCAAGAGCAAGGGGGGCAGGGGCAGUGGUGGAGGCGGCGGGGGCGGUGGAGGCAGCGGUAGAGGCAGCGGCGGAGGUGAGGGUGGUAGCGGGAGUGGUGGCGGGAGUGGAGGUGUCGGCGGAGGCAGUGGAGGCGGGGGCGGCAGCGGCGGUGGUAGUGGGGGUGGAGGCAGAGGCGGCGGUGGCGGCGGCGACGGUGGGAGUGGCGGUGGCGGCGGAGGUGGUGGAGGCGGCGGCGGAGGAGGCGGCGGAGGUCGUGGCGCGUCGAGGAGGAGUGGCUCCGGUGGUGGUCAGCGCCAGCAGCAGCAGCGUGGUCAGGAGACCCUCUCCCCGCAGCAGCUCCGUGAGUGGUACUCUGCGCGUCAGCGGGGUGGGGGUGUUGGUCCGUGCACUUACGUCCUGCGUACUGGCGACCGUGCGGGUGAGCAGUGUGGUGGUCCACACUCCACUCAGCGUUGCUUCGGCCGCCUGACUGACGCUUGGCGCCGCCAGUUUCGUGACGCCUCUGAGAUCCCUCGCUGGGACCAGCUGUCUAGGGCGGGAGUAGCUAUCUUUGAUCUUGACUUUGAUGCUAUUCUUGCUGCCAUGUAUGCUGUGACUAUUAGUGAGGAGGGUGACUGUUACCAGUGUUUCCCGCCCGACCCGGGCAUUGGUACUGCGGCUCUAGGUGCUGUUGAGGCUGCUGCUCCAGGUGCUGGUGAGGCUGUUGCUCUAGGUGCCAGUGAGUCUGAGUCCUCAGGUGCUGGUGAGUCUGCUCUCUCAGGUACUGUGUCGACUUCACCCUCUCUCACUUUCACUCUUGACUCCAGGGCGUCUCGCUCCUUCUUUCGAGACCGCACCACUCUCACGCCGCUUAGUCGGCCAGUGGCGGUCUCCUUGGCAGACCCCUCUGGGGGUCCUGUUCUGGCUCGCUACUCCACUGUCCUGCCGUGCCCUGCGGUCCCGUCUGGCGCCCUGUCCGGUCUCUACCUCCCCUCGUUCUCUACGAACUUGGUGGCGGGUGCUGACCUACAGGAUGCAGGGGUUGACCAGUUCACCCCUGCGCGCCGACGGGUCACCCACUGCACGGACGCGGACACGGGUCGACACCUGACCACGUUCACACGUGGUCCAGGGUCGAGCCUGUACACACUCACUGUUCCGUCUCCUCCUCCUGCGUCUGGUCAGGUAGCUGCGUCGGGUCAGGUGUUUGCUGCAGCGUCCAGGUCUGGUCCUGAGUCUGCCCCCUGCUCCUGUCGCCUCCUGUCCCACGAGACCCUCCUGUGGCACCACAGGAUGGGUCACCCCUCCCUGCCUCGUCUCCGGGGCAUGGCCUCUCGCCUUCUUGUCUCUGGCCUUCCCCGGUCCCUCCCUCCCCUUCCUUCGGGGCCUGGCCCUCCCUACGUCCCCUGUGUCGAGGGUCGCCUGCGGGCUACCCCUCACUCCUCCCCGUUUCCUCCGACGGAGGCCCCGCUGCAGACGCUUCACAUGGACGUGUGGGGCCCAGCCCGCGUCCGUGGACAGGGUCACGAGCGCUACUUCCUGCUGGUGCUUGACGACUACACGCGUUACACCUCGGUCUUCCCCUUGCGCAGCAAGGGUGAGGUCACUGAGGUGUUGAUCGACUGGAUCCGCGCAGCUCGUCUCCAGCUCAGGAAGAGCUUCGGCUCGGACUUUCCUGUUUUGCGUCUACACUCGGACAGAGGCGGAGAGUUCUCCUCCGGCCUGCUGCGAGCCUACUGUCGGGCACGAGGCAUCCGCCAGACCUUCACGCUUCCGGACUCUCCACGGCAGAAUGGGAUUGCUGAGCGCCGCAUCGGCAUUGUCAUGGACGUCGCCCGUACGUCCAUGGUGCAUGCGGCUGCCCCCCAUUUUCUGUGGCCGUUUGCGGUUCGGUACGCCGCGCAUCAGAUCAACCUUCACCCCCGGGUCUCUCAGCCCGCGAUGUCCCCAGUCUUGAUGUGGACGGGGAAGGUUGGCGAUGCGUCGGCGUUCCGUGUCUGGGGAUCUCGGGCGUUUGUCCGCGACUUGUCUGCGGACAAGCUGUCCCCUCGUGCUGCUCCCUGUGUCUUCCUUGGCUUCCCCACAAACGCUCCCAGGUGGCAGUUCUACCACCCCUCCUCUCGUCGUGUUCUGUCCUCCCAGGACGUCACGUUCGACGAGUCAGUCCCCUUCUACCGCCUCUUCCCCUACCGCACUCCUUCCCUCCCCCCUCCACCUGACUUCCUUGUGCCAGUUCCCCCCCCGGUAGACCCCCUCCCCCCUCAGGUUCCUGCCCCCUCAGGUGUGUCCCAGGUAGACGCAGUUGACCCGGUCGAGGUUACUGGUGACUCAGGUGCUGCUGCGGGUGCUGAGCCUGGGGGUGCUGACUCUGGGGGUGCUGUGCGCGGGGGUGCUGAGCCUGGAGGUGUUGCUACUGGGGGUGCUGAGCCUGGGGGUGCUGGGCCUGGGGGUGCUACUGCGGAGGGUGCUGAGCCUGGGGGUACUGAGCCUGGGGGUGCUGGGCCUGGGGGUGCUGCGCCUGGGGGUGCUGAGACUAGAUGUGCUACGCCUGGGGGUGCUGAGCCGGGGGGUGCUGUGCCUGGAGCUGCUGAGCCUGGGGGUGCUGAGUCUGGAGCUACUGCGCCUGGGGGUGCUGCGUCUGGAGCUGCUGAGCCUGGGGUUUCUCCUGCUUCUGCGUCUCGCCGGGAGCCCCUCUCUCCACCGGAGCUGCGCGAGUGGUUUGCUCGCCGCUGGAGGCGUUCUGCUGGAGCUGGAGCUUCUUCGACCGUCGAGGGUGCUGGUCCUGCCAUUCCGGGAGCUGCUGGGCCUGCGGGUCCUCCUGGAGCUGGAGCUGCUGAGGGUGUUGGUGCUGAGACAGCUGCUUUCUGUCCUGGCGGUGGUUCUGCUGCUGGUGCUGCUGGAGGUCCUGCUGCUGGAGGUGCUGGUGGCGCUGGUGCUGUCGCUGAGGGUGCUGGUGCUGUCCCUGCUGCGUCUGGAGUUGCCGCGCGGCCUCGGCCGUACUUCGUUCCGCUCCUACAGCAGGUUCUUGGUCUUUCUCCUCCGGCAGAGUGUCCACAGCCUGUCCAGUCGCAGUCACUGUUGGAGCCUUCCUCUCCACUACCUGCUCCCUCUCCUUACACUGGUCCUACUGGAGGUCUUGCUGAGCGUCGUGAGCCUGCGUCUCGUCCUGCGUCGCCUGUUCGUGCUGCUCGCGCUAGUGGUCGCGGCUCGCAUCAGCGUCCUCCUCCAGUCCCUGGCACGCACCGGAUGUCUCUGCGUCCGUCCACUGCUCCUCUGCGUGCCCCUUUGCCUUCUCCUCCUGGGUCCUCUCUUCCUGCGCUUGCCGACCCUGAGUCGGACUCUCUUCGUGCUCCCAGUUCUACUGUCACGCGUCUCCUUGCUACUGUCGUCACUGACCCCUCCUUUGAGUCCACUGCUGCGUCUGCUCUUGUCGCUGAGCUCGUCGACUUUGCUGCUCGCUGUCGUCUAGACUUCGCUGCUGGUCUUGUUGCUGAGUCUGCGUCUGUCUGUCCUCCGUCCGUCGGGGACCCGGAUGCACUAGACAUCCCGACUCCGCGCUCUUACGCGGAGGCCGUAGAGGGUCCCUACUCGUCUCAGUGGCAGGCAGCUAUGGAUGCAGAGAUGGCUUCCUGGAAGUCCACAGGCACCUACGUUGACGCAGUUUCCCCUCCUGGGGCGAACAUCGUCAGUGGCAUGUGGAUCUUCAAGGUGAAGCGGCCGCCGGGCUCUCCACCUGUCUUCAAGGCGCGGUACGUUGCUCGUGGCUUCAGUCAGCGGCACGGAGUUGACUACUUUCAGACCUUCUCUCCCACCCCGAAGAUGACUACUCUUCGGGUGCUGCUGCACGUAGCCGCUCAACGCGACUACGAGCUUCACUCUCUUGACUUCAGCACUGCGUUCCUGCAGGGUAGCCUGCACGAGGAGAUCUGGUUGCGUCGUCCACCUGGCUUCACUGGGACUUUCCCUCCUGGCACCCAGUGGAGCCUCCGACGGCCAGUCUACGGUCUCCGCCAGGCACCGCGUGAGUGGCACGACACACUGAGGACUACGCUUGCGGCUCUUGGUUUUGCUCCUUCUACUGCUGACCCGUCGCUGUUUCUGCGCACCGACACAUCUCUGCCGCCGUUCUACAUCCUCGUGUACGUCGACGACUUGGUCUUUGCCACAGCGGACACAGCUGGACUCGCCUACGUGAAGUUCAAGCUGCUGAAGAGACACACAUGCACUGACUUAGACACCGACCAGAGCACAUGGCUGCAGCGAAGAGGGUAUUGCGCUACCUGUGCAGUACGUCGGGCAUGGGGCUAG